CUGCCCUUCCGAAACGCCUAGAGCGCUCCUAGUACCUAUCGCGCUCCAGUCGACCAAUCUGUGACUGGAACAACCAAAUCACCUCGAAAUGCCUCGAUGGCGGCUCCGAUCUGGCCGGCUCGCCUGCGCGAUGGCUAUCGUGGCGGCGACCGCGGCCGCGGCAGCCGUGGGCGUGGCCGCCGGAGUAGGGGAAGCCGAGGCGGAGUUCGACUACCGGAAGCUAUCGGGGAUAAUAAUCCCAGGAUUCGCGUCGACGCAGCUGCGGGCGUGGUCGGUGCUCGACUGCCCCUAUUCGCCGUUCGACUUCAACCCCCUCGACCCCGUCUGGCUCGACUCCACCAAGCUUUUCUCUGCUCUAAAUUGCUGGCUUAAAUGCAUGCUGCUUGACCCCUAUAACCAGACGGACCAUCCAGAAUGCAAGUCAAGGCCGGAUAGUGGUCUUUCUGCAAUUACAGAGUUGGACCCUGGUUAUAUAACAGGUCCGCUUUCUUCAAUAUGGAAAGAAUGGGUCAAAUGGUGUGUAGAGUUUGGUAUUGAAGCUAAUGCCAUCAUCGCCGUCCCGUACGAUUGGAGGCUACCCCCGUCGAUGCUUGAGGAGAGGGAUCUGUACUUUCAUAAAUUAAAAUUAACUUUCGAAAUUGCAUUGAAACUUCGAGGAGGGCCAUCUUUGGUUUUUGCUCAUUCCAUGGGAAACAACGUUUUUCGGUACUUUUUGGAAUGGUUGAAACUAGAAAUUGCUCCAAAGCACUACAUCCAAUGGCUCGACAAACAUAUACAUGCAUACUUUGCAGUUGGUGCUCCUCUUCUCGGAUCUACUGAAUCGAUUAGAGCUACUCUCUCUGGGACAACAUCUGGUCUUCCAGUCACUGAGGGGACAGCCCGGCUGAUGUUUAAUUCAUUUGCUGCUUCUUUAUGGCUCUUGCCAUUCUCAAAAUACUGCAAAGCUGAUAAUAUAUACUGGAAGAAUUUUUUUGAGGGAAAGGGAGGUUAUCCUCACAGACAACAAUGCGAUGAGAUGGAGUAUACUUCAGACUACUCUGGAUGGCCCACAACCCUCGUCAGUAUCGAGGUUCCUACAGUUCGAGGUACGGAUGCGUAUCCAUCCAUUAUGGACCUAACAGAGGACAUAACAUCCAACAUGGAGUGUGGAAAGCCAACACUCUUGACAUUUUCUGCCAGAGAAGUUUCAGAUGGUACUUUGUUCAAAACUAUUCUGGAUUAUGACCCACAGAGCAAAGCCCUUCUUCAUCAGCUGGAGAAGUACUACCAGGGUGACCCAGUUCUCAAUCCUCUCACUCCCUGGGAGAGACCGCCAAUAAAGAAUGUAUUCUGCAUAUAUGGCAUUGAUUCUAAGACUGAGGUAGGAUAUUUUUUUGCACCAAGUGGCAAACCAUAUCCAGAUAACUGGAUAGUAACAGAUGUGAUUUAUGAGUUUGAACAGUCCCUACUGUCAAGAUCAGGUCAUUCUGUUUCCGGAAAGCCAAACAAUUCCAGUGGAGAUGGAACGGUAUCCUACAACUCCCUCUCAUUGUGCAAGCAAUGGCUUGGGCCAAAAGUGAACAUAACAAGAGCUCCACAGGCAGAACAUGAUGGAUCUGAUUUACAAACAAGCAUGAAUGCUGAGCAUUAUCAUGGUCAGGAUCUAUUUCCAAACAUGACAAGGGCUCCACAUGUGAAGUACAUAACCUACUACGAAGAUGCUGAAAGUAUCCCAGGAUGGAGAACAGCAGUCUGGGAGCUUGACAAAGCAAAUCACAGGAAUAUUGUUAGGAUGCCGGUAGUUAUGCGUGAGUUAUGGCUUGAAGUGUGGCAUGACAUGCACCCUUAUUCGAAAUCAAAAUUUGUGACAAAAGCUUUCCGAGGUCCGUUAAGAAACGAAGAUUGCCACUGGGACUACGCAAAAGCUCGGUGUGGCUUUCCAGAAUUCUGUGAAUACAGGUACACGUUUGGUGACGUGCAUCUAGGAAUGAGCUGCAGGCUGAAAAAUUCAUCAACUACGCUCCUUCGGCAGUAUAUCUGAAGUAUGUGGCUUUGGUGACGUAAUUAUUCUUUUCUCUCUCUUUGUUGAAAACCACAUCUGAUAGGUUUUACUGAUCCAUUGCAGACUAUUCUUUAUUUUUCUGAGUAACUUAUGAAUUAUCACUCACCUGUGUAUUAUACUGGACAUUCCUCUUUUGCUUGGCCAUGAAAUUACUCGGUGGGGAUGUAACAUGGACAAGUCGGGCUGAAGCCCCAUCUAGAAACAGGACUGGUGUUGUUUGUAACACCAAACCUCCAGCCACGUGGAAGCCACUCGUAGCAGAAUUGACUCGAUCAUGCCAAAGUUUUGCCAUGAGAUCAGGUUUGGCUGUUUGGGCAGCCAAUUGCUCACAUUAAGGGUCUGAGAAAGGUACUCCGUGCUUCCGUGGUACUCCCUCGGUCUGGAUGUAUAGGGUGAAUUUCGUUUGGUUAAGUGUUUGACCAACAAUGGCUCCAUUGGCAUGUAAUUAGUGUGAGUACGAACUAUUGUCAUCAGAUUUGUACUUACAGGUACUUAGUUGUUACUUCGCCGUGAGUUGGGAAAUCUGGUAUCUACAGGUGCGAAUCUAGCUAAACAUCUUUGCAGUUGAUUUAUUAGAUGCGUUUGCUUGAUCUCUA